UCGGCCCCCAACCCCCCGUGGCUUGCCUUCUCCCUGGCCCCAAACCCCCAGCGUCCCUCCCGCACUCCCACCGGCCCGUGCGGGUCGCGCUAUGGAGCCCACGCCCACCCCCGCGCGCCGGGACGACCGAGGGGCCCAGCUCGCCAAGUCCCGCCCCCCUUCACUUGAGCCGCCUCUUAUUGGCUGCGCCGCACCCGGCCGCCCCGCCCCGCUCGCUUCCCAUUGGCCCAGACGCACCCGGGGAACUCAGGGCGCGCGAAAUCGGGCUCGGGCGCGACAAUUGAAUCGCGGGGCACCCCGCGCGCAGGCGCGGAGCCUGACAUCCUCCCCGGCCGCUCGCCUGGACCUCCCCCACCUGGCGCGCUCGACCCCCCGCCCCGCUCCGCUGGUCCCGGCUGGAGCCGGGUAUGUGCCGGGGAGCGACCCCCGAGCGUUAGGCGGAAGGGGAGGCCUUGGAUCCCGGGACAGUGUGCGGGACCCGCGUGCGCCCGCGCCGGUAGCGCGGGAAAGUUUUGCAAAGUCCCCGAGCCCAGUGUGCCCGGCCCGGGCUGGUACCCCGACCCGGCCCGCCCGCUCACCUCUCCAGUCACCGCGAACCCCUCGUCUGCCUGCGCGCCUGGCCCGGCUGGGGAUGGUGAUGGAGCCGCGUGCGUGGCCCGGACCCUGCGCGGACGUGCGUGCGACUCGAAGUGCCCACUCGGCAAACGCUGCCCGCCGCGCUGCCAGCUGCUCUGAUUUUUUUCCCGCGAAAACUCGGCAUUUGGGAGUUGCGGGGCCGCAGGAGGCCGUGCCGGGGGCGGGCGCCUGCCUCCUGAUUGGCCGGCGCAGUGGCGGGAAGCGAGAAAGAGGGUGGGGGGCGCCCCCGCCUCUGUCCACGGCGCCUCCGCCCAGCGGGCCGCGGCUCCGCCCAGCCCUGCGCGCUCCGCAGGGCGCGCCCAGCGGGCAAAGGGGCUGCGUGGCAGGGCCUGGUCACCCCCCGCACGUGGGCCCCCCUAGGAGCCUUGGGGACCCCCCAGGGUACAGACCUCUCAAGUCCAAGUCCGUUCGCAGCCCCCCGCUCAGGCACGCAUUGACCAGUAGGUCUAAGAAGGCCAGAAUCAAUGUGGAAAUACUGUGAGGGAAUGUGGGGGGCCCCUAGGAGACCACCUGCACCCUGAUGGCUGGCCUGACCGCCCCAAGCCCCACUGCCUGGCAUCAGGUCCUGCCAACGCUCCCCACCCUACCCACCCGCAGGGCUUGUUUGCUGUCUUUUCCCGCCUCGUUUUCCCGCCUUCUCCGAGCAGUCCAGGCGGGCAGGGCUGCCCUGCCCCCUCCGCCCUGUCUAUUCCACUCUGACCAGUCCUGGCGGGCACACGAGUCACCCGUGGCUGGACACCUACAAAGCAGCAGGACAGGUUGCUCAGAGCUGCGGGGCCCAGCAGUGUACAUGGCAGACCCAGCUGGUGGUCUCAGGGAGGGAAAAUUCCUAUCUGGGGGAGACAGGCAAGAAGUGAAUAAAUAAAUCAGAUAAUUUCA